ACCCCUGGCGGUGAGGAGGACUAGUGCAUUUAGUCAGACCACAGGCGUGACUCAGUACUGCAUUAUGAUUGGUUUGUCUGACUCUGAUGUUUACGUCAGACAUAGCACGGAGGACUUUUGACAACACAGGAGAUACAUGCUGACUGACAUGGCGAGUAACCUCGUUGCCAAGUUAUUUCGUUCCCCCCUGAUGACACAGCUCGCGUCUCUCCGGUCGUGUUGCGUGGUUCAAGGGAGGGCGGUGACGGUGGAGUGGACCAGACAUUUCUCCAGUGGUCCGCCACCGGAGCAAAUCAGUCGCUAUCCUGUCCCUUACAAGAAGGACCUUCCGUAUGAUAUAGUGGAGCUUAUGGAAGAAGUUGAGUCAAAGGGAGGCUUUUUGCCAAAUGUCUUCAAAGUCCUCUCUCAUAGACCAGCAGAGUUCAGAGCCUUCUUCUCUUACUACCAUGAACUCAUGAACAAAGAAACAGGUGGAUUAACUAAAGCAGAUCGUGAGCUGAUUGUAGUGGCAACCAGUGCCCACAACAAGUGUCUUUACUGUGUGGUAUCCCACAGUGCACUGCAUCGCAUCUACUCAAAGAAACCUACUCUUUCCGAUCAGGUCACUGUUAACUAUGAAAAUGCAGAACUGUCACCUCGGGAACGUGCCAUGUUGGACUUUGCAUUGGCUGUGUGUCGCUGCGACACCAUCACAGACCAGCAUUUCCAGUCUUUAGAGGAAGUGGGCUUUGACCGUGAGGAUGCCUGGGACAUCGCUGCCAUUGCUGCCUUCUUUGCCAUGUCCAACCGACUCGCCCACCUCACUGACAUGAGGCCAAACUUGGAAUUUUAUAAUAUGGGCCGUGUACCAAGGGACAAGAGCAAGGAUGAGGAGCAAGGGAAAAAGGAGUAGUGAUAUAGACAAGGUUACUCUAGGUCAAAGGCCAUAUGUGACACUGCAGCCAAAAAAGGUGUUGGUUCUUCUGUUUUUUUUUUAAUUAUUUGUCUCCCUCUCAUGUGAACAAUCAGAUGUUUUCUACUUUAAGUUAAGUUAAGCAAUUGAACACGGCUCAUGAGAUCAUAACUUAGUUUACAUACAGCAAAUGACAGGAAUUUAAAAAUGCAAUCCUCUUUGAAAUUCAGACCCCACCACCACCACUUUGAACACUGUACAUAAAAUUAAGGCUUUUGUAAAGAUCCCCACACUUUCUUAGUAAUCCUUGAGUGUGUAUAAACGUAGUGUAUGCGUUUGUGAGAUUUAUACCUUUCUCUCCAUUUGUUGUUGACCCAGACGUGGUUUUAUGUUUUGAUGGUAAUGGUUUUAAAUUAAUCACACUGUUACAAAGCUGUCUUCAACGUCCACAAACAGAGCUUGUUAUUUCCUUGUUCACCAGUUGAAAAAGCUCUGUGAUGCUUAAUGCCUUGUUACUCUCUCUAUCACCAGGAUUGCAUAUUGAAUCUUACUUUUUGUGACUUAGCCAAUUAGGUUUCGCAAAAAAAGAAAUAUGGUUAUUAUUUUGGGGAAUAACUGAUUUAUAAUAAAUCACAUGUAUCAUCGUUCAGGACUGGCAGGAUGAUCAGUGAUUGGAUGAAUAAAAUGGAAGCAAGCACAUCA